CUUUUUCAUCCAUUCCUCAAUCUCGAAUUCAACACAGCCCGCAAAAAAAAACAUAACUACAACAACAUAAAAUCCAUUUUACAUACAUCGACAACAUCACCACCACCAUCUCAACAAUUGAAAUUCACGGUCCUUACAAGAUUCCAUCCAGCGCGCAAAUCAUCAUACAUUUCAACCCCACGAUACCACCGCAUUCCAUUCGAUCCCAUUCAAUUCAAUACCCCAAAUCCGAUAGAGAUACCCCAUACCUCAAAUUUCGCUUUUUCCACUGUACUGUACUUGAAUUCAAUAUACAUCAACCUCUGAAGCUACACCAUCACGAAUCAGACCUCUUUUUGAUCAUCACCAUAUCAAAUCGAAGAAACAUCGAUACAACCACAGCAGCCAUAACCACAGCGACAACAACGUCUGGCCUUCCUCGAAGUCGAACGAAAUAGCAAUGACGAAGGAAACUUUAACCUCGGACAAGGUGAACUAUAUCAUUUGGAAAUAUUUAAUAGAAUCAGGUUACGAAGGAGCGGCUCGUCACCUUUCAAAAGAGUGGGACGUUCAACAACCAGAUUUAUUACCAUUUGCGCCCCAUGUCGGAAAGCAUGCACUAGUCUCCGUUCUAAACAAAGGUCUUCUUUAUGAUGCAUAUAACAGAGAAGCAUCAAGGGCAUUCCGUCAACACCAAGGACGCUCUCAAGAUGUUUCAGAUUCAGAAAUACCAAUGGGUGUUUUUGGUCCCUUGGAAAUAGCAAACAGAACUAUUCCCAUCAUCACAUCACCUCAAGAACCUCUCAACAACAAUGAGGAUUUGGAAAUUGCUCGGAAACAUCAACUAGAAGAAGAAUCAAUUUCAAAUUCAAAUGGUCCUCCAGGAAAGAAACCACGACUUACCAAUGGUUAUGAAAAUGGUAUUUCAAAUGGAACCACAAACGGAAAUGGAAGCUCAAAUUACUACGAUUCGGCUUCAACGCCCAUGGAAAUUGAUGUUGAUCAAAAUGGUGAUGGCCACGCGUAUCCCUCACCAGAGCAACUGCCAUCACCAGUCACUGCCACCAUUGGACCCGAAAGGGGUACCCAGUCCGAGAAAGUCACAAAUCUCAAAACCGAAACAUUGUACCUAGACUUAUUGGAUGACAAUGUAUCAAAAUCGACCGUAUUAUAUCGUUGCGAAUGGAAUCCAAAACUACCAAAUCUCUUGGCCGCGGGGGGAACUGAAUCAUUAGCUCGAAUGUGGGAUCUAUCAAGUACGGUCGCCGAUCAUAUCAAUGGAACUAAUAACCCUAAUGCUUCAGGCAUGAAUACGAAUGGGAUUGUUCCACCGUGUAUUCCUCUUCUCCAGCCUCUCGCGCCUCAACCGACAAUGGUCAAUGAAGUUACCUGGUCUUCGGAUGGAAACCAUAUUCUUGUUUCGAGUGAGGAACCUGAUGGAACCGCAACUGUUACUGUUUGGACUGCUAAGGGUCAACUAUUGCACACCUCUAGCCCAAUGGAAGGUCCAGUCGUUUCUUUGAAGUGGAACUUCUCGAAUACAUUAUUUUUGACAGUUUCUCCAAUUACACUUAAAGGGCUUUCUACACCAGCAUCAACCUUGACGGUCACUUCGAUGUCCGACUUUACAACAAUACAACAUACGAUACCAUCGAUGCCAAUUUUCGAAUCCCCGCUGGAAGGUCUAUGGAUGAGUGAUGAGGAUUUCAUGGCUUACGGAAAUGAAUUUCUACAGAUAUUUCGAUACACGGAUGGAAAGAUCAAAUAUUUGACGAAAUAUGAACAUCGUGACGAUCAUCGUGUAACGCAUGCUACUUUCGACAGGGAAUCAAAGUUACUUGCUACUGGUAGUCAAAGUGGUAUGAUUGAUAUAUGGGAUGAGAAAGGUCGUUCUCGAACAUUCAAUGCUCAUACCGGACCAAUUACUUCCCUUGAAUGGCAACCAUUACCUCCAUCUGAUUCGGAGAGUGAAGGCAGUGAGAGCAAUGAAAGGUUGUUGGCUUCAUCUAGUGAAGAUGGCGCCGUUAGCAUUUGGAAUGCCAAAUCUUUGGAGCCAAAGCAAAAAUGUUCAAUGACAAUUGACUCGACUAGUGUUUUCAAGGUUAAAUUCACUCCAGAUGGCGCAUUCAUUGCUGGUGCGACUAGUGAUCGAGUUUUUAUUUGGAAAGUCGACGAUGCUUACUUUCCUCGAGCAACUUGGAAUAGACCACCUGGAAAUGGCUGGCAAACACCACAAUCAACUGAGUCAAAUGGAGAAGAUGAACAUGCUCUGAGUUGGGAUGCACAUGGUCAAAAAUUGGCUUAUGGUUGCAAUAGUGUGUUGGCAAUCAUCAAUUUUAAACGCUGAUCCUGGAAUUACCUGUCGAUAUAAUACAAGAAAAUGAAAGGCGUUGACUUUUAAAAUAAUCCCCUGUCACUUUGAAGACAACAGGAGAUGACAAGAGACACCGAGUGAAGUUCCUCAUUAUUCAGCAUGAUGGAGUAGGCAAAAAGUGUUUCUUUCCGUCACAAAAGAGGUAUUGAAAUGAUCAUGAAUAGAUCAUACAUCCCAUCGUAUCUACUAUAGUAGAGAAUCGUCAAAGAAAAUACGAAGUUGCGGAGCAUGAACAUUGGAACGGAGUCUAGAGCUGCAAAAAGAUAAGAUAAAGGCAAAGCAACAUUUGAUACUGACAAUCGCGACACAAAGAAAUCCAUUACACCUGGGUUGACCGUAUUGGAUGCAUGAGAGGGAAAGAUACGAUUGAUGAUUUUAAAUGUGUAUCAUAGAAAUGUUAGAGAAUUGGGUGUCGGGCGUAUUGCACAUUGAAAGAAUUGGGAGUUUGGGAUGAUAGGAUUGGAUAGUAUGUUUUUAGGGGAUUGGGAUGGCAUGGGAUUGGAUUGGAGUGGAGAUCAAAAUCAGGGUGGUGAAAGUGCUUCUGCUUAUGUGUAGAUUAUAAUUCAUGGAUGGGAGAGUGAGGUGAAGGAUGAGAGAGAGGGUGAGAGAUUGUGAUUGAGAGAUUGUGAUUGAGAGAUUGUGAUUGAGAGAUUGCGAUUGAGAGAUUGUGAUUGAGAGAUUG